CGUUAUCGCAAUCGGCGAAACAGUACAUUUUUGGGCUGUCGUUUCUCCGUGCUCUGUUCGGCUAUAACGGUUGUGCGAUGUGUUGCCGUUUUGGCCAAUUUCGGGUCAGUUAGCCCGUGGAUCGUGUGACGAGUGCAUUGCGAAAAUGCCAACUGCCCAGACCAUCUUCAUUGCCGCCUGUUUGCUGCUGGCCCCAACAGCCCGCUCCACACCGAUUGCCCCCAGGAAUGCCAAUGUGGCCACGGAGAUCAUUAUUCUGCACAACAAUGACAUGCAUGCCCGGUUCGAGCAGACGAACGUGAACAGCGGCACGUGCUCCCAGGAGGAUGCCAAUACGGACAAGUGCUACGGAGGAUUCGCCCGAGUGGCCUACGAGGUUCGCAAGUACCGCAAGGAGGCAGCGGAUGGUGGAACUGCCGUCCUCUAUCUGAAUGCUGGCGACACUUACACGGGCACUGCCUGGUUCACCAUCUUCAAGGAUGAGAUUGCCAGCGCCUUCCUCAACAAACUGCAGCCAGAUGCCAUCUCGCUGGGCAACCACGAGUUCGAUCGGAACAUUGAGGGUCUGGUGCCGUUCCUGAAUGCCGUGGAGUUCCCUGUGCUGGCCUGCAACCUCAAUCUGACCAACGAGCCCACCCUGGCUGCCACCAAACAGUUGGCCAACUCCACGAUCCUCGAGGCAAAUGGCACUAGAAUCGGUGUGAUUGGCUACCUCACGCCAGACACCAAGAUUCUCUCCUUCAAGAACAACGUGGAAUACGUAGAUGAAAUUGUGGCCAUUAAUGCUGAGGCAGCGAGGCUCAAGGCUGACGGCAUCAAAAUCAUUAUUGCCUUGGGCCAUUCGGGCUACCUGAGAGACCAGGAGAUAGCCAGGAACUGCCCUGAGGUGGACAUUGUCAUUGGCGGACACUCGCACACCUUCCUUGACUCCAGCCAGCCCGUGGCCGCUCCCACGGACACUGAUCAGGAGGCCGUGCGUGGCCCCUACCCCACCACAGUGGUGCAGGGGAACGGCAAGAAGGUGCCAGUGGUGCAGGCCUAUGCCUACACGAAGUAUCUGGGCAAGAUCCAUGUGCAGUUCGAUGCGGAGGGAAAUCUGAUUGAGUUUGAUGGUGCGCCCAUACUGCUGAAUGCCUCUGUGACCCAGGAACAGGAUCUGCUGGAUCUGCUGGAGGUGUACCGACCCAACGUGACCGCCGUGGAGAACUCCAUUGUGGGCUACACCAAGGUGUAUCUCGAGGGCGGUGGCGUCUGUCGGCUGAGGGAGUGCAACUUGGGCAAUCUGGUGACCGAUGCCAUGAUUCACGCUCGCGUCCUGGAGGAUCAGGGUGGCGAAUACUGGACAGAUGCACCCAUUGCCCUGAUGCAGGGCGGAGGCAUUCGUGCUCCGAUUGAGAAGGAUGCGGCUGGAAAUAUCACCGGCAGCGAUCUCCUUGCCGUGCUGCCCUUCCAGAACGAUCUGUUCAUCACCAGGGUGACGGGAAAGACCUUGCUGGCGGCACUGGAGCACUCGGCCACUGUGAGGACUCACGAUUCGAACGGCGGCUUCCUGCAGAUGUCGGGCCUGCAGGUGGAGUACAACUACAACAAUGACGAGGGUCAUCGCUUGGUGUCCGCGCAGGCGCUCUGCGCCGACUGCAUCGUGCCCAAGUACAGCAGGGUCAACGAGAGUGCCCACUACCUUGUGAUCGUGCCCCAGUUCCUGCUGGAAGGCGGCGACGGCUACACCCUCACCGAGGAGAGCGAUCCCCUCAGCAUUCGCAUGAAGCGGAACGACAUAGAGGUCGUCGCCGAUUACCUGAUGCAGCGGCACUUCGUCUAUCCCGAGAUCCAGGAUCGUAUUAUCAUACACGAGAAGAGCGAAGAUGAUUCGGGGGCCAGCAUUGUGGCGUCCAUCGCCCUCGUUCUGUUCUCUGCCCUGGCCACAAGAUUCCUAAACUAAGCAAAAAUCCUUCUCUUCGCUUUCUCCCUCCAUAGCAAAGCAUAAAAUAUGCAAAAUCUUUGCCACUAGCUCAAUUUGUGUAGAAUCAAAUGACGACGUAUUUAUGCUCUUUUCGUUCGUUUAAUUGUGCUUUUAGGGUUUACCCAGGGCAUCUAAUGUAUGUCAUUAUCCUAGCAUAAUUGCAAAUAAAUGUUGUGCAAAUCGUCACUUAAA